UAUAAGACGUUUAUUUAAAAAAUGUAUCAAAAUUAAAGUUCAUUAAUAAACUUUCCAACAAAACAAAAAUUAAAAAAACAAAUAUUAACAACGAAAUAACUGUUAUCGGCAUUUCAGCGUCGAUUCGAUAAUUUUUUCCUCUGAAUACCUAAUCACACUGAUUGUGAUAUAAAGUAUAUAAACAAUUAGAAAUAAUCAAAAUAACAUCAAUUGAAUAUAGAACCAUUAACGUAUCAAUUAAUACAUACUACUUCAUAAAAAAAAAAAUAAUUAAAUUUUUUACUCAAUAUUUUGAAAUAAAAUGAAUUUAAAAUAUUUAAUGAAUUUGCAAUUAAUUUUAUUGAUAAUUACCGGAAUCGCAGAACAGGUUUUAUCAAACAAUAUCAAUGAUGAAUAUUUUAAUGAUUUUUUUAUUAAAAAAUCAUUUACUGAUAGUUUAAAAAAAUCACCCGGGGAAAUUAUGAAAAAAAUGUAUAUUGCUAAACAUUUGCGUGAUACCUUUAGUGAAUUAAUAAAUAUACCUCGAGUAAAUAUAAGUGAAGGUCUAGUGAGAAAAAAUUUAUUUGAUGGAUUUGCUUACAUAAACAAAGCUUUUGAAUUUAUUGAAAAAUUGAAUUGGGAUAAUAAUUAUAGUGACCAAGUAAUGAAUGUUAUGAAAAAUUGCAAAGAUUCAAUGUUUUAUUUUUUUCAAAGUCUUGAUGAUGUUGAAUCGGUAUUUGAUAACGUAUUUUUAAAUUAUUUAAAAACGUAUGGUGAAUAUAAAAUUGCGACAAAGAAUUUUUUUAAUGAAAAAAUAGUUAGUAAAAAUAAAUUUGGUGAUUCUUUAUUGAACUUACAAUUGUAUACAUUGCCAUCACCAAAUAUGACAGCUAUUGAUAGAAAUAUUACAGAUAAUAUAUUUAAAAUGUACUAUCAGUGUUUUGAAAAUAUUUCGGAUAAAUUUUAUUGUAAUCGUAUGCCUUUGAGUAAUCAAUUAUUUAAACUUUAUGAACGCACAUUACUGGGUGUUCUAAAAGGAUAUACAAUAAUGAUACUUGGUCAUGAUUUUUUAAAUAUACAGGAAAAUGAAUACGAUUUAUAUAUUGAGGUAGAGAAAGUAUAUUACAACGAAUAUGCAUCGAUCAUACGCAAUAUUGCAAUAUCAGCAGCUAGAGUAAUUUAUAAAAUUACAACUGCACAUAAAACAUACAAAAAGUGUGACCCAAUUAAAUGGACCGAAGGAAGUAAUUAUAUUCGUGUAAAAAAUUAUGUGUCAAGUAAAGUCAAUGUCGGUAAAAUAGGAAAAAAAUCUGAUUUUAAAUUAAAAAACAAUAUUAAACCAGAAUAUGAGUGCAAUGAUUACACAUUACUUACUGAUUUUCAUCAUUCAGUUAUAAGUAAAAAGUGUCCGGAAAUUUUUGAAUUGAAUUCUUAUCGGAUUGUUGAUUGCGCUGAUGACAUCAAGACUGCUAUAGCCAAUGAAAAUUAUACGAAUUGGUCAAUGAAAUGCGAUUAUGAAGAUUAUGAAAUAAAUCUUGAUAAAUUGUGUGCUUGCGACAAUUCAUCUGAUAAUGAAUUAAGUAUUCGUACUGUGAGUUUGAGAGAACAAUUAACCGACAGCAGUAGCAAUUACGUGGUCACAGGCAUCAGAUUUGCAGUUAAAAAUAAUAUGAUAACGAUAGAAAUCCAAGAAGGACAACUAAUCAAUGGUAUUGUGGAUCCAACAAGUGUAAAAUGGAAAACUGAUCUUGGCCAUUCACCUACAAGUGGUCCGGAUAAUGUCUUUCUCAAUUAUUAUUUCAAAUCAUUUGAUUUAGAUGAUAUUGAAUUACCAUACGGUCAAUUUGUCACUGGUGUUAGAUUUAAGCUAGUAGGUGAGAGUCAUCUUGCAUUAUCAAUAAGAGGGACCGAAAUGUGGAACAAUACAAAAUCAUGGCCAUCAACAAAUAGUCAAUGGCAUGAAUCACCGAUAAAUUUAAAAGACGAAAGAAUUAAGGUAGACAUUACGGACUUUGCAAACUCUGCAGAAGUACAAAAUCAAACUACAGAGUUGAGCCGAUCAAGGCGUGAUUAUAUUAGUUUUUCUGUUGGAUUAUAUUCAAAUGAAUUCAAUAACUUGGCAGUUAUUCCAUUUUUCGAUUCGCAAGAUGUCGUAACAGAACCACCAGCGCCACUUGGUGGAUUGGGAUUAUUUUACAAAGGUCAACUUGGUUUUGGUGGAUUUCUAUCAUUAAAAUAUAUCACAUCUGAGUAUAAUUACAACGCGCAAGCUGAACUUGAUUAUUUAGAAAACCAUAAAUUAUAAUAUACUAGAAUGUAUAUUUUUUUUUUGUAUAAUUAUAUAAAUUUAAACAAAUUUAAAAAAAAAAAUUUUCAAGGUGAUGUCUAUUUUCGAAGUUUUAUUGACUUAUGAUUCAAUUAUAUAUUCGGAUUUUGUAAUAAAAUAUUUUUGGGUUUUUUAUUGUUGAUGAACUAAUCACAACUACGGGAAGUAGUUUUAUUAUUUUUUUUUUUUUAUAACUUACAAAACGUCAAAGUACUAAAAUUCUCAUUAGAAAAAACAUCUUUUAUUAAUAGAUUUAAAAAAUUUUUAAAUAUAAAAUUGGUUUUUACAUAUGAAAAAAAAAAAAUAUUAUAUAUUUAAUAUUUAAUAUGUAAAAAAAUUUAUGGUUCGUUAAAGUAAAAAAUAAUUAAUGAAAAUUGAUAAAAAAAAGACAUUAAUAAUCAACAGAUUACUUUGAUUUAAACCACAUCAUUAAUAUUGUCAUUAAAGUAUUUUUUAUUGGUCCACUUUUGCUAUGUAAUUGUUAAAUUUAAAAUAAGUUAAUUGGAUUUAAUGAGAAAAAUUUUUUAAAAUUUAAUGUAAAAGUAAUAAAAAAUUUGGGGUUUUUUUUUUUUUUUUAAUAAAAAUAGCUCGUUUUGAUAAAAAAUCAUGAUAAAGUUACAAUUAAAUAUUUUUAAUGAAAGUUAUAAAUUGAUGGAUGAUUAAAAAGUGGUUGCGGCCCAUUGGGUACUUAAAAAUAACUUAUCAAUCAUCAAAUUGUUUUUGUACAAUUUAACGCCCAAUAAAAUAACAUUUUUUUAUUA